AUGUUUGGAGCUCCAGCCACCAUUUUGGAACAGGAAAAUGAAAACCAUACCACACCCCAGGGUGGCAGAGCACUUGUGCAGGGAGGAGGGAUACAGACAGACAAAGGCACAGAUCCACCAGACAAGAAGGACAUGAAGCCCUCUACGGCCACCAAUCCAGAGAAUGGUCUCUCCCAGAUCCUGAGGCUUGUGCUACAAGAGCUGAAUCUGUUCUAUAGCCGAGAUGUGAAUGGAGUGUGUCUCUUGUACGAUCUUCUCCAUUCGCCGUGGCUGCAGGCUCUGCUGAAGGUUUAUGAUUGUCUCCAGGAAUUUAAAGAAAAGAAACUUGUUCCUGCCACAACUCAUGCACAGACGUUAUCCUAUGAGGUAGUGGGGAUAUUACGUGAAACUCCUAAAUCCCCUGAGACCCAAGAACUGAGACAAAUCCUCCAGGCUCCACAUUUUAAGGCCUUGCUCAGUGCCCAUGACACCGUGGCUCAGAAAGAUUUUGAGCCCCUUCUCCCCCCAUUGCCAGACAACAUCCCUGACAGUGAGGAAGCAAUGAGGAUUGUUUGUUUGGUGAAAAACCAACAGCCCCUGGGAGCUACCAUCAAGCGCCACGAGAUGACAGGGGAUAUCCUGGUGGCCAGAGUCAUCCACGGAGGGCUGGCCGAGAGAAGUGGGCUGUUAUAUGCUGGAGACAAACUGGUGGAAGUGAAUGGAGUUUCAGUUGAGGGACUGGACCCUGAGCAAGUGAUCCAUAUUCUGGCUAUGUCUCGUGGUACAAUUAUGUUCAAGGUGGUUCCAGUUUCUGCCCCUCCUGUUAAUAGCCAGAAGAUGGUAUAUGUUCGUGCCAUGACCGAGUACUGGCCCCAGGAGGAUCCUACUAUCCCCUGCACGGAUGCAGGGUUGCCUUUUCAGAAAGGGGACAUCCUGCAGAUUGUGGACCAGAACGAUGCCCUCUGGUGGCAGGCCCGGAAAAUCUCAGACCUUGGUACCUGUGCUGGUCUAAUUCCUUCUAACCACCUUCUGAAGAGGAAGCAGCGGGAGUUCUGGUGGUCUCAGCCAUACCAGCCUCACACCCACCUCAAAUCCAUCAUAUCAAUUUCUAUGGAAGAAGAAGAUGACAUGAAGAUUGAUGAGAAGUGUGUGGAAGCAGAUGAAGAAACAUUUGAAUCUGAGGAGCUUUCAGAAGACAAGGAGGAAUUUGUUGGCUGUGAUCAGAAGUUCUUUAUUGCUGGCUUCCGCCGGAGCAUGCGCCUUUGCCGCCGGAAGUCUCACCUGCGCCAGCAGCACGCGGGGGUCUGCAGUGCCAGCGGCUGUCUGAGCGCGUCAGGCGCCCCCUACGAGGAAGUGGUCAGGUACCAGCGACGCCCUUCAGACAAGCACCGCCUCAUAGUGCUCGUGGGACCUUCGGGCGUUGGAGUAAAUGAACUGAGAAGACAACUUAUUGAACGUAAUCCUAGCCAUUUCCAAAGUGCUGUGCCACAUACUACUCGUUCCAAAAAGAGUUAUGAAAUGGAUGGACGUGAGUAUCAUUACGUGUCAAAGGAAACAUUUGAAAGCCUCAUGUAUGGUCACAGGAUGCUCGAGUAUGGUGAAUACAAAGGCCACCUGUAUGGCACCAGCGUGGAUGCUGUUCAAGCAGUCCUUGAUGAAGGAAAGAUCUGUGUCAUGGACUUAGAGCCUCAGGGUAUUCAAAUAGCUCGAACCCAUGAACUAAGGCCCUAUGUCAUAUUUAUAAAGCCAUCUAACAUGAGUUGUAUGAAGCAGUCUCGGAAAAAUGCCAAGAUCAUUACAGACUACUUUGUGGACAUGAAGUUCAAGGAUGAAGAUCUACAAGAGAUGGAGGAUUUAGCCCAAAAGAUGGAGACACAGUUUGGCCAGUUUUUUGAUCAUGUGAUUGUGAAUGAGAACUUGCAAGAUGCCUGUGCCCAAUUGUUGUCUGCAGUUCAGAAGGCUCAGGAGGAGCCUCAGUGGGUACCAGCAACAUGGGUUUCCUCUGAUACUGAGUCUUAA